AUGUCGACUCAGACAUUAUCUGGAAAGGUGGCCAUCGUCACAGGGUCAAGCUCGGGCAUUGGCGCCGCCAUUGUUCGUGAGCUAUCCUCCCGUGGAGCAAGCACAGUGGUCAAUUACCCUUUUGCCGGGGAGAAAGAAAAUGCCGAGAAAGUGACAGCAUCUCUCUCAGCCCCCACCAUUGCUGUGGAAGCCGAUAUGUCACAAAUUGCAUCGCCUCAAAAACUGGUAGAUGCGGCAAUGGCUAAAUGGAACCGCAUUGACAUCCUCGUCAACUGUGUCGCAUUGGCUGUGAAUAAGCCCUUGGAAGAACAGACCCUUGACGACUGGGAUCUCCUAGUCAACAUUAACGGACGCGGCACCUUCCUCUUGACUCAAGCUGUUCUACCCCAUAUCACUAAGGGCAGCGGGCGGAUUGUGAACAUUGCUAGUAUCUCGGCCCGGGGCCCGCCACCAAAUCAAACAAUCUAUGCUGGAACUAAGGGCAUGGUUGAUUCGUUUACAAAGUGUUGGGCUAAGGAGCUUCCUCCGAAAUAUGGGUGUACUGUGAAUUCUGUCAGCCCUGGUCCAACCAUGACAGAAGGCUUUGCUGCUGCUGGAGAGGAACAGAUGAAGAUCCUUCAGCCGAUCAUUGACCAGACUCCCGUCGGACCCCGGAUGGGACAGCCCGAUGAGAUCGCUUAUGCUGUUGCGUUUCUUUGCGAGGAACGGGCGCGCUGGGUCAAUGGAACACACCUCAUUGCUUCAGGAGGGUUAUUCAUUGAUUAA